AUGUGGAACCGCUACCCAGAAGAGCCUAGUUGCUACAGCAUCGUCCUCAGUGUCUCACCAGGCGAGAAAAAUGGAGGAAAUUGAUGAAUCUCCUCCCAUUUCUGAAGAGCUGGUGCCCUGCAAAAUAUGUGGAAGGAGUUUCUUUCCGAAGGUUCUGAAAAAACAUGUGCCGAUCUGCCAGAAGACAGCGGCCAAGAGGAGGAAGGUGUUCGAUUCUGGCAGGCAAAGAGCAGAGGGGACCGAAAUUUCUACAGUCAAACCUAUAAAACCAAAGUUACAAAGUUCUUCCAGCAACUCUAAGUCUGAUAAACCCGAACCACCCAAGAAGCAGUCCAACUGGCGCCGAAAGCACGAAGAAUUCAUUGCCACUAUUCGUGCUGCCAAAUCCAUAAACCAAGUGAUGAAAGAUGGCGGACCCCUUCCUCCACCCCCUCCUCCAUCCUAUGAUCCAGAUUAUAUCCAAUGUCCUUAUUGCCAGCGGCGCUUUGGUGAGAAUGCAGCAGAUCGACACAUCAAGUUCUGCAAAGAACAAGCAUCCAGAAUCUCCAAUAAGAGCAAGUUUGCUGGAGGUGAUAAAGCCAAACCUUCAGCCAGGACUCAGUACAAACCUCCUGCACCAAAGAAGGCAAACUCUCCCACUGCUUCCAGCGUGUCUUCUCGUCUACCUCAGCGCUCAGCUUAUGGCCAGGGUGCUGGCACAGGAAUUCCUAGCAGCAAACCCUCAUCCACCGGCUCAAUAAAGAGCACACCAUCAGGAUACUCUCCGUUACGAAACAACUCAUCCGGCUUGACCAGCCCUCCCUCCGAGGGGAACAUGAAACCCAAGGGUAUGGUUUCACAAAGCUCACUGAGAAAUCCAUCUACAGGUAUAGGAAUGAACAAGAAGAAGAUCCAGAAUGCAGAUAAUUGUAUUUCACGGAAUGAUAUGAAAAACGAAAAUGACAUCAAUUACUCCACAACAGGCACCAAGUUUUGCCAUGAGUGUGGAACCAAGUACCCCGUGGAGUCGGCCAAGUUCUGCUGUGAGUGUGGGGUAAAACGAAUGUACAUUUAAUAUGUAUGAACACGAAUAUAUAGAAAGACUGACUCACUGUUGCUCAAAAACUGAGCUUUCCUUCAAAUCCACUAGUGUACUUGGCAAAUCCAUGUGCUGUACAAAUAUCUCCUAUCCCAAGUAAAUCUGAUCCCAACCUUUUGCUCAGUUUUGUUUUUAUAUGGAAAAGAAGUGCAAUAAUAUUGGUUACUGCUACAAAAGGAGUAUUAUCAAUCUUAUAUUUACACACAAAAAAGAAUGAACUUUUAUUGAUCUAGGCCUUAAAACGGGACCAUAUCACGCCGUUCUGAUGUUAACAGGGCAGUAUCUUAGCGUAGUUUGCUGUGUGAGGGAAUUUAAGUGCUAUGGUUUAUUAUUUAAUUUGUUAGGGUAAAUAUGUUUAGUAUGAUUAAUGCAUUGACAACGGUUCUUUUUGCUGAGCAAUCCACUUUUUGUAUUUCACGUUUGUUUUUAUAUGUUCUCAAUUGUGUUUUAACAGUAUUCCACAUGAACAUGUCUUGUAGAGAUCCUCAUUGUGUAUUUAUUAGACGCGCAGUCCAUCACAUCGCAAGUCCACCAUAUUUACACAGUCAAAACAUAAAGGCAACUCGAAAUGUCAUGUCACAUCCUUCAAAAGCAGACAAGCUUAUGGAAAAAGUAGCUUUACAAUGGUAUUUUAUUGCUUCAGAGCCUUAUCACUGCUGUCCAGGGGGAGAGGUAAAAAUCCAUGCUGGUCUCGAGCUUAAUAUGCAUUUCAAGCAUCACCCUGUACCUUGUAAUGCUUGUACUACUACUGCUGCUGCUCUGACAGCGUAUUGUUAUAUCUUCUGAAUACCUGCUUAAUGGAUUAUGACACAAAUGUUGCCAUUAAAAAAAAAAACGAAUAGUUAAAAUGGCUCCUGAAUUGAUCCUACAUAAAUAAAGGGGUUGAAAUGCUCA